CAAAAAUUCCGCGAAAAUUUGCCGGGAACUUUUUAUAUUUUGUAAACAAUAACUCUCUUUAUUUCCGUAAAAUCGUUAUAUUAUUUUCAAAAACAAUGGGUAAUGAACAAAGUCAAGGUAUUAAGUAUGGAGCUCGUCUCGAUAACGAUGUUCAACUGACUUGGUCUCAGCUUGAAUCUAAAAAUCAGUUUGCUCCAAGAGAUGGACAUGUGUCAUGUGAUGUCAAUGGGUCAUUGUAUGUGUUUGGUGGGGUUGAAAGAACAGCUGAUGGAGACAACCUUGAAUCACAAUCGCUUUUGAAGUUAGAUAUUGAAUCCAGUACCUGGAGCCAGAUUCCCUCUAAAGGAGAUGUCCCUGCAGCAAGAUCCGCAGCCACAAUGACGUGUGUCAACAAUAACCUUUACAUCUUUGGAGGCCUCAAUCAAACAUCUGGCUGGCUUCAAGAUAUCUAUGUCUUCAAUACAGAAACUGGCAUCUGGACGAGACCUGAUACAAAGGGUGCACAGCCAUCUCCAAGAGACAAAUUAAAAUCAGUCGCCAUAGGAACCAAAAUUUAUUUUUUCGGAGGAUUUGGACCAAAAACUGGUGAAGAUGACAUUGAAGAGGUUGAUGAUUUUGACGAGGAUGAUGAAGAUUUUGAAGAUGAACAGGAUCAGGGAGCAGAGUUUGGCUGGUUUAAUGACAUUUUCGUCUUUGACACAGAAUCAAACACAUGGUCCAAUCCCAUGCAGAUGAACCUUGCUGUCCCCACCCCAAGGGCGGCCCAUGGGAUGUGUGCAAUCGGGAAGAACAUUGUCAUAUUUGGAGGUAGAGACACGGAAGCAAGACGCAAUGAUCUUCAUAUAUUUAAUACAGAAACGAUGAAGUGGGAGACAGAAUUGCAGGUGAAAGGGCGUCAACCUGAACCAAGGUCAUUUCAUACCUGCACUGCUGUCAAUCACCGGAUGGUCGUCAUGGGUGGGCGGAGCAUAGAUAAUCAACAUUUUGCAGAUUUUCACAUUUUAGACACAGAAACCAAAGAAUGGUUACAGCCAAGUAUGACAGGUCCCUUACCCUCUGGACGAGGUCUCCACUCAGCGACACGUGUUGGCGAUUAUUUUGUUAUGUUUGGAGGGUCAGCUAAUUUCAACCAAGAAACCAAUGAAUGCAGGCAGUACUUCAAUGAUGUUUAUUAUGUGAAAACAGAGGAUAUCCUAAAAGGAAAGUCUACUCCAAUAGAAUCAAACCAGGAGAAUGUUGAUAGCAAUGUUCCAAUUCAGAUUGCAGAUGGAGGAAGUAAAACAAAACCAACUGCUACAGAAUCGAUGGAAACUUCAACCAUGUCAUGAGAAAUUUUUCUUGAAUCUCUUGAAAAUAGACAGUGUGCUUAUUUUUGAAUAAGUCUGCAAAUUCUUUUUUUUUUGUACUGUAGUGAUUUUAUCAAUUAUGAUUAUUAAUGAAUU